AUGGUUAAGUCAUACCAGCGAUUUGAACAAGCAAAUUCGUUUGGUGUUAUUGCUUCAAAUGCUAACUGCGUGUGGAUUCCUCCUGCUAGUGGCAAACAAAACAAUCCCGGUCGAGCUGUUACUGCGGCACUUGAAAAUGUGAAUAUUUGGGAUAUUAAAACAGCGGAACUAGUAUCCUCGUUGUCAGAUGGGCUGCCACCUGGAGCGGCGGAUGCAAAAUCUAUCAAGCCUGCUGAAACUACGUACCUUCAAUACCAUCGUGAUACGAAUAUAUUAGCGGCUGGAUACGCAGAUGGUACAAUAAAAAUUUGGGAUUUAAUGUCAAAAACUGUUUUGCUAUCUUUAAGUGGUCACAAAUCAGCUAUAACUGUUUUAAAGUUUGAUUCUACUGGUACGAGAAUGGUGUCCGGGUCAAGAGAUUCUGAUAUCAUCUUGUGGGAUUUGAUAGGAGAAGUUGGUCUAUACAAGUUAAGGUCGCAUAAAGAUGCAAUAUCUGGAAUUUGGAUGCAAGAUGAUGAAUGGUUGAUAAGCACCUCUAAGGAUGGAUUGGUCAAAAUUUGGGACCUUAAAACACAGCAAUGUGUUGAAACUCAUAUCGCGCAUACUGGCGAAUGCUGGGGAUUGGGGAUCUGCGAAGAUUUAGCUAUCACAACGGGCGCUGAUUCACAAAUCAAGAUCUGGCAAUUAGACCUCGAGGCAAAUUCUGGUUCAAAGCUCAUUGAGAGAGGAACUCACGAAAAACAAAGUAAACAGCGAGGAUUGUCGGUGGAAUUCAUGACAACUCCAGAUGACGUCAAGUUCUUUUAUAUUCAAAAUGCCGAUAAAACAAUCGAAGUUUUUAGGAUAAGAAAGAAGGAAGAAAUCGCCAAGGCCAUGAAGAAAAGAGAAAAGAGGCUAAAAGAAAAAGGUAUGACUGAUGAAGAGAUUCAGGAAAACAUCAAAUCUUCAUAUGUGUCCACUGUUAUGCAUUCAUUCCAAGUUAUAAGAUCAACAUUCAAAAUCAAAGGCUCAUCGUGGGCACACGCUACAUCUUCUAAGCUUGAGAUUGCUGUGACAACCUCAAGUAACACUGUAGAGUACUAUUCUAUUCCAUACGAGAAGAGAGAACCAAGACAUCCGGUACCAAACAGAAUAUAUUCUAUAGAUCUUAAUGGUCAUAGAACAGAUAUUCGUGCAAUCGAUAUAAGCCGUGAUAACACUUUAUUGGCAACUGCCUCCAAUGGUCAAUUGAAGAUCUGGAAUUUAAAGACAAGACUAUGCAUAAGGACAUUUGAAUGUGGAUACGCUUUAUGCUGUAAAUUUUUACCAGGUGGCGUUCUAGUCAUAGUAGGAACGAGAGAGGGGGAAUUGCAACUUUUUGAUUUAGCGUCCUCCACUUUAAUAGAUGCCAAAGAUGAUGCACAUAAUGCGGCAAUCUGGUCAUUGGAUAUUUCAUACGAUGGUAAAAGAUUAGUUACCGGUUCUGCCGACAAGACAGUCAAGUUUUGGAAUUUUAAAAUCGAGGAUAGUUUGGUACCAGGCACUUUGAACAAGUUUAUUCCUACUUUGAAAUUAUCUCACAAUACCACAUUAGAAUUGAACGAUGACAUAUUAAGCGUUAGGCUGUCGCCUGAGAAUAAACUUCUGGCAGUAUCUUUGUUGGAUAAUACUGUCAAGGUAUUCUUUUUUGAUACUAUGAAAUUUUUCUUGAGUUUAUACGGUCAUAAGUUACCUGUUCUCUCCAUUGAUAUUUCUUUUGACUCAAAGCUGAUCAUAACUUCCUCUGCCGAUAAAAACAUAAAGGUUUGGGGUCUAGACUUUGGUGAUUGUCACAAAUCUCUUUUCGCUCAUCAAGACUCGAUUAUGAACGUAAAAUUCCUACCUGAGUCACAUAAUUUUUUCAGUUGCUCCAAGGAUGGACAAAUAAAAUACUGGGAUGGUGAUAAAUUUGAGUGUAUCCAAAAACUAUGCGCCCAUCAAAGUGAAGUUUGGACAUUAGCGAUUUCGAGUGAUGGUGAGCAUGUAGUUUCGACGGCUCACGAUCAUAGCAUUAGAAUUUGGGAAGAAACGGGCGAUCAAGUUUUUCUAGAGGAGGAAAGGGAAAAAGAGGCCGAAGAACAAUAUGAAAACACUUUGUUGUCAUCUCUAGAAGACGGUGCUGGUGACGACAUGUUCAAAAAGGAAAACGACGCAGUGGAAAGAGAUGAAGCAACAGAUGUUCGUAAUUUGAACAUAGAAUCUCUGAAAGCUGGUGAACGUUUAAUGGAAGCGUUGGAUCUUGGUAUUCCAGAGAUAGAACAGAGAGAAGCGUAUGAAAAAGAACUCAAGAAAUGGAAAAAGGAAAAAAAACAUGCCAAACCAAGUAAACCUACGGAGAAUUCUAUUCUUUCUGCGCUAAAAAAAUCACCCGAACAGUACAUAAUGGAUGUUUUAACAAAAAUAAAACCAUCACAACUAGAGGAUGCUUUGUUAGUACUUCCUUUUUCCUAUGUCCUGAACUUUUUGACUUUCUUUGAUUAUGUCAUGAGGAACAAAUCCCUGCUCCAAAACAAUUUGGCAUGUGUUUGCAGAAAUCUAUAUUUCAUUGUCAGAUCGAAUCAUAAAGAGCUCGUGGCUCAAAAAAAUGAAGAGCUGAAAAUCAGAAUUACAAGAGUAAAGGAAGAAUUAAGAAAUGCCUUGAAAUCCAAUGAAGACGAUUUAGGAUUUAACGUUGCGGGACUAAAAUUCAUUAAGCAACAGUGGGAUUUGAAGCACAAGCUAGAAUAUGUCGACGAAUACGAUCAACUUGAGGAAGAAAAGAAGUUGGCAAGAAAGAGAGUAUUCGAGACAGUAGUAUGA